AAUAGUAUUAUCAUCCAUAAUACAACAUGAUGAAUCUUUUUUUGUUUGUUUGUUGGAAAGUUAUAACAGAAAACUAAGAAACAAAUAUUGAGAAAAUAAGCAAUGUUACUUUAAAAUACGUGAAUAUAUCUUUCGACCAACUUAAUUCAAUAGCAGCCAAUUGUGGUUGCUGUAUAUCAACAUUGCUUGUUUCCACUACAAUCCGAUUAGAAUCAAUCGAAACGGAAUCUUUCAAUCAACUAAAUAUCAGUUUUGUUUUAUUUUGCAAAAAAAGUUACUCUUGCAAUUGUUUGCAUCGUUAAUAACAACAAUUCAAGAUGCUACUUGACCAUCAUAAUUUAAAUAAUUAUCGUUUUAUAUUUACGAUAUUUGUGAUUGUUUUUCAAUCAUUAUUUUGUUCAUGGACAAUGGCACAAGCAUCAUCAUCAUUUUAUCGUACUGAUAAUGAUAAUUAUGUCAUCAAGCCAUUAAGAAUUGUUCAUACAAGAAUGGUACCCAAAUCGUACAUCAAAACAAAACGUUUUAUAAAUACAGAACCUGAAAACAAUCUGAUCGAAUCGGAUAAUCAAAUUGAUUCAAAUAGAAAAUCACAAAUUUCAAAGAAUCAAUUAGCUCCACCUUUAGACAUUAGAAAUCUAAUGAAUCGUUUUCAAUUGACUUCUAUGAAAUGGCUAUUAUCGAUGCCUAAUAAUGGUCAGCAACAAAUCGACCCGAAUGUUCUUCGCCAACGUAUCAUGUCAACAAGAUGGUCACGUGUUAAAAAUGGUCAACCAUUCGUAUUAUUGAACAAUCAAUUGGUUCCAGUUGAUUUGGUUACAAAUUCAGUGAUCAAUAGUAAUCUGAAUGGAGUGGCACCAAAACAAAUGCUUGAUUUAAAAUUGAUUGCUAUGAUAAACAAUGGCCAAAAUAAAAAGAAAAUGAUUCAUAAACUUUAUGGUGAUGAAAACAAACGACGAGAUGACUACAUUUAUCAUCCAUAUUAUUCUAAUAUCGAACAUAAUCUUUUGGAUCAUGAUUUCCAUUCAACGAAUUCAGUAAAAAAUUUCGCACCAAAUUUUAAACGAUUUCCAAACGAUUCACAACGAUUUCGACUUUCAACAUUAGGUCGAAUCGGUUAUGAUCAACAAUAACAACAACAAAAAUUAAUAAUCAUCAAACCUGACUCUUUUCUAAUUUUAAAUUAUUUUUUCUGGCUCAAAUGAUUACAAUCCUAUAUGAUUUUUUUU